ACUUCCUGGUACUGACUACUACCACUCUGCUCGCGCGCCGGACGCCGGUGGACUUUGAUGCAUGCUGUGGGAUACAAAUAGCUGCUUUGGACAGACCCACAACUAAAUUAUUGACGGGGCUACGAGGCUUCUGCGAUAAUGGCAGAUUUGGGAAUAUCAUUAGUGCUAUUAGCAGCAAUAGUGUUUCUCUGUGAAGCAAGCCGCCGCACCACUGCGCAACUUUUUGGGAACAAAUACGGCCUUUACAUAACAGAGAUAAUCUCUACGUUUCAACUGUGUGCUUGCACACAGGAGCUCAAACUGCUGGGCGAGGCGGGUCAGAUCGAACCGUACAUUGGUUUGACCAUAACUUACGUAAUCACGGUAGUCCACAUAACAACUUUUCAAGGAGCGCUCUGCAACCCCUACGGUGCUUUUGAGCGCGUUUACCGCAGAGAAGUCACCUAUGCGAGCGCAGUGUGUUUGAUAGCGUGCCAAAUCAUCGCGGCGAUAGCGGCGCAGUUUUUGGCUCCCUACAUCUGGACGUUGGGACUGUCCGAUCUACACGUCAGUCAUGGAAGAUUCGGAUUUAAAUGUUUCAGCCCCCUUGGUGGCACCUUGAUUGAGGCAGCGGCUGUGGAGCUGGCCUGCACCUUUUCCGUCCAAGCUGCAGUCAUACACAUUCAUAAAGUGGAGGAGAAACUCCAGGUCCACGCCAUUGCAGCCAUCAUCACAUUUGUGGUUUAUGCAGGUGGUAGUAUUUCAGGAGCUGUGUUCAACCCAGUCCUGGCCUUGUCGGUCCAGUUUCCCUGCAGUGGGCACACCUUCCUGGAGUAUUGCUUUGUCUACUGGCUGGGUCCAUUGUUGGGCAUGACAAGCUGCAUCCUACUAUUUGAGAAAAUUGUUCCUUUCCUUUCCGGUAAGAGCACUGUUGGACUGGAGUUCCCUGUUGCCCAGAAGAAGAUUCAGUAACACCCACGCCAGAUGUUAAUGAGAAAACAUAACAUGUUUUUACUUCAUUUUAAAGGGUUGGGUAAGAAGGUAUAAUGAGUACAUAAAUGAUAAAAACAUAAUGAGGCGUUAUUUCAUGAGAAAAGCACUAGAACAGUUCAAUGAAGUAUAUGUACAUACAGUUAUCCCAUUAUGCAUUACUAUGCGAUAAUAACUGGACGGGCUCCCUGCUUUGAAAUGGGACCCAGCUGGAGUCAGCGUCCGAGGGCCAAGUAGGACAGAAGGCCAGCUUCCGACCUCUGACCUCCCUCAAGUCACACAUACAUGUUCUCAUAACAUGGCUAACUCGAAUAAGAAAACUACUGCCGUAAUCCUGUUUGUUUUUGUCAACACGAAGCACAAUUUAAAAGCUUGUAUUUUGUCCAGCUAGGUUUGACGAUUUGUGUGCUAUAAAAUGGUUGUGUCAGCCGUUGGUUACCUAUAGUGAUCAAAGGGAUGUAACUGGAGGACGAUGCAUUGCAUGGAUACUAGGAAUGUUCACAUUGUUCCUGUGUCCAAGCGCACAAGGUCUAAAGGGUGAUAAAACAGAAAUACGUUUGAUUAACUAUGCCUUAAAGGUCAGUUUCUCUUCCUGACAAAAGGGACCAGUCUGGAUGUAGCGUGAUAAUUACCUCACUGGAGUACAGAUGAAUCCUCUAUACUUUUCUAUAUAGAACCGAUUUAGUUUAGUGUUCUGAACAAUUUAAAAGGAAUAUGGUCUUUCAAAUGUGAGAGUACUGUAGAAAACAUAUUUAUAGCUCAUUAAAGAUAUUUUGUUAAUGUUUGCCAGGGACGAAAUGGGUUUUGCUUAAACACAUUUUAAUAAAAAUGAUAUGCAUUCCACUUAAGUGACCUUUGAUCAAUUUAUCUUAG